AUGAAUCUUCAACUAAAUAUUAUACCAGACUUACAAUUACUUAAACAAGGUAUACGUGUAUCAUGUCGUGAAUGGACUCAAACAAUUAAACAACAACCACAUCAAAUUAUUGCUAAACCACCUUCAUCAUUAACAACAACAUCACCUAUUAAUAAUAUAUUCUUAACAAUUACUAUUCGAAGACGUACAAUAGUACAAAAUACACGAUCAAAUACAAAGAAUAAAUAUACAACGAUUGAAAUUAAUAAUGAUUUAUCUGAAGGAGAUGGUCGGCGUGCAUCAAGUUUUCUAGCGGAUGCUAUGCGACGUUUUGAACCAACAGUUAAUGUAAGCAAUACAAAUGGUACCAAACGUUUAAGUACUGGUCAUGAUGAAUCAGAUUUUGAAGUUAAUACAAGUGCUGGUAUUCAUGUUCAACGUGUACAACAAGAAGUAAAUUUAUCAUUCAUACGUCUUUUUUAUCAAUUUUAUACAGUUGUUUGUAAUGCACUUGAAUAUACAGGUAUUGAUGAAAUAACAAAACCAGAUACAAAUGCAAAUACAAAUGAACAACAAAAUAAUUUACAAGAUAAUUCUACUAUUCUUACACCUGAAAAUGGUAUUCAAACUCUUGUUUUAAGAUCACUUGACCCGAAUAUUCUUCAUCUUGAUAAUAAUGAAUUAGAUAAUUCUGAACGACAAUUAUCAGAAAUAAAACCAAUUCAAUCAUUAAUAACAACACGAAAACAACAACGAAGUGGUUCACAACCACCAAAUGAACAUGUACUACAACAAAAAAAUCCAACACGUCAUAUGGCAAUAAAUGUAACAAAUAAAAUACUUUUAUUUUCAUCAUUUGGAAAUGUUAAUUUAUCACAAAGACUUCGAGCUUUAUAUUCAGCAACAAAUAAUCAAAAUACAAGAGCAUAUGAUGGUUCAUUAAUUCUUCAAAUUGGUUCAACAUCACUUUCUUUAAAAGAAACUCUUUCAACGUCUACCGAUAAUCUUCCAUCGACAAAUAUUCCAACAGUUCAUCCAUCAUCUUCCAGUACUACUUCAUCCAAUCGACAAAUAUCUGUUCUUGAUAUAAUUGUUGGCAAAUCUCAAGCAUUAACAUUUCUUCAUCACGUGGUAUCACAAGAUGUUCAUGAUCUUGUUAAUCGUGCUGGUCGUUUAAUAACAUCGUAUGUUCAAGAAUUUCCUUUCGAUGAUACACAACAAACAUCUUCUAUACCAACAACAACUAAUACAGAUAAUGAAUUCGUUAAUACAAGUUUAAAUGAUACUAUUGAAGAACCUACUACACCAAUUCCAUUAGAACAAACAAUAACAAGAAAACUUUUAAGUACACAUCGUAAAGAUACAAUUAAUCGUACUAUUAAUCCACGUUCAUUAAGAACUCAGCAAAAUAUAUAUACAUCAUCAAAACGACCUAUAUUAGAAGUUCAUGUAACAACACAAUGUCAACGAAUGACAUUUUCUACCACACCUCUUUCAACAUUAAAAGUUCAAUAUAAAAUAGGUAUUGUUGAAGGUGUUGCUAAUAUUGAUGGAAUGAAAUCACCUUUAUUCGCUAUUCAAGUUGGACUCGCUGCUUUACUUGUCUCAUGGAAUAUUUAUCCUCCAACAAUCGUUUCACAUAGUGCUGGAGAUCAGGCAGCUGCUUUUGUUGCUGAUCGUUUAAGUUUAGAAGAAACUGUUCGUAUGUUAGCUAUUUCAAUGGGUAAAGAAGAAGUAGAAAAUAAACUUCUUAAAAGUAUUGAACAUUUGGCUUGUAUUGCUGUUGUUAAUAGUCGUCGUCGAGUAACAAUAAGUGGUGAUAAAAAAACAAUUGAUGAAAUACAACAAAUACUUUCAAUCUCUUAUCCAAAUGUAUUUGAAACAUGUGUUCCAACAAAUGUUUUUCUUAAAAUUUCACCACAUCCAGUUUUAGUAAAAUCAACUCGUGAAUGUUAUGAAUUAACAAACCAACAACAAUCAUCGCCACUUAUUCUUCUAACAUUAAAAAGAAAAGAAAAUGAACAAACAAGUGCAACAUGGAAAAGUCUUAUUAAUAUUAACUUACCACAACAUGCUUUUUUAAAAGAUCAUAAAAUUCAAGGUGCAAUUCUUUUUCCAGCAGUUGCUUCUCUUGAACUUGCAACAGCUGCUUGUCAUCAAUUACUUUCAUCAAAAGAAGAUGAUCAACAACAACCAACAAUUAUUUUUGAGAACGUUAAUUUUUUUAAAGCACUUAUUCUUAAUGAACAUGAAUUGAUGGAAGUAUUUAGACAAAUAAUUAUGCCAAUGCGUGAAUGGUAUAUUAUAUUUUGUAAUCAAGAUAAUCGUAAUAAAUAUUCAUUAAAUGAAUUUACUUUACAUGCUCAAGUUUUAUUACCAGGUAUUGAAACAACAUUUCUUCCAGUACGUAUUCAAAAAUUUAUUUAUUCAAAUAAAACAAAAAUAAAAAUCAAUCAAUCAACAAACAUUGAAGUACGUGGAAAGUAUCAUGAUAAUAUAUGUGGUACAAGUCAAGAAGAAAUAUAUAAUCUUGAUUUAUGGAUAUUUCCAAUGGAUAAUAAAAUAGAAGAACCAAUAUUUACUUCUGAAGGUGCUGUUAUUCAACAAUGUUCAACGUGUAUAAUCUGGUCGAUGGUCUAUGGAAAAAACAAUUUAUGA